AUGGAGUCGGGGGCCCAUCAUCCCUGCGCGGCCUGCGGGGACGACGCGCACGCCACCUGCCGCGCCUGCAGCUACGCGCUCUGCAGGGCGUGCCUCGACGAGGACGUCGCCGAGGGCCGCACCGCCUGCGCGCGCUGCGCUGGGGAAUACGCCGCAUUCGACACAGCGCAUGCCAAGGGGAGCACCGUGGAGGAGGAGGAGGAACAGGAGGUGGAGGACCAACUUGCCGCCGAGGGUCUGCGUGGGCGGGUCACCGUCGCCAGCCAACUCACUGAUCGCCAGGAGGAAGUGAGCCACGCCAGGACCAUGAGCAGCAUGUCUGGACUUGGGAGUGAAUUGAAUGAUGAGUCUGGGAAGCCCAUCUGGAAGAACAGGGUCGAUAGUUGGAAGGAGAAGAAGAAUGAGAAGAAAGCCUCAGCCAAAAAGGCUGCGGCCAAAACACAAGUUCCGCCUGUGGAAGAACAGAUCAUGGAUGAAAAGGAUUUGACAGAUGCAUACGAGCCACUUUCCAAAAUCAUUCCUAUUUCGAAGAACAAGCUCACACCUUACAGGGCGGUCAUUAUUAUGCGGCUGGUAGUUCUCGGGCUCUUCUUUCACUACCGUAUCACAAACCCUGUCGACAGCGCCUUCGGUCUCUGGUUGACUUCGGUCAUAUGUGAGAUCUGGUUCGGUUUCUCCUGGAUAUUGGAUCAAUUUCCCAAGUGGUGCCCUGUUAAUCGGGAGACUUAUGUUGAUAGGCUGAUUGCACGAUAUGGAGAUGGAGAAGAUUCUGGGUUAGCACCUGUGGAUUUCUUUGUCAGUACAGUGGAUCCAUUGAAAGAGCCUCCGCUAAUCACUGCAAACACUGUGCUGUCCAUUCUUGCGGUGGACUAUCCUGUUGAGAAGGUCUCGUGCUACGUCUCUGACGAUGGAGCUUCUAUGCUCACAUUUGAAUCACUUGCUGAAACUGCGGAAUUCGCAAGGAGAUGGGUUCCAUUUUGCAAGAUGUAUGCCAUUGAGCCACGAACCCCUGAGUUCUACUUCUCGCAAAAGAUUGACUACUUGAAGGAUAAAAUACACCCGUCUUUCGUCAAGGAGCGUAGGUCUAUGAAGAGAGAUUAUGAAGAGUACAAGGUGAGGAUAAAUGCUUUGGUUGCCAAGGCUCAGAAGACACCCGAGGAAGGUUGGGUCAUGCCAGAUGGGACACAAUGGCCUGGGAACAACCCCCGUGACCACCCUGGCAUGAUUCAGGUUUUCCUUGGUGAGACUGGUGCUCGCGACUAUGAUGGAAAUGAGCUUCCUCGGCUAGUGUAUGUUUCAAGAGAGAAAAGACCAGGAUACCAACACCACAAGAAGGCAGGGGCUAUGAAUGCUCUGGUCCGAGUAUCUGCUGUUCUGACAAAUGCGCCCUACAUUCUUAACCUUGACUGUGAUCAUUAUGUUAACAACAGCAAAGCUGUGCGUGAAGCGAUGUGCUUCAUGAUGGACCCUUCUGUUGGUAGAGAUGUCUGCUAUGUGCAGUUCCCACAGAGAUUUGAUGGGAUUGAUCGCAGUGAUCGUUAUGCCAAUAGGAACGUUGUGUUCUUCGAUGUUAACAUGAAAGGGCUUGAUGGCAUCCAAGGACCAGUUUAUGUGGGAACUGGUUGUUGUUUCUAUAGGCAAGCACUCUAUGGUUAUGGGCCACCAUCUCUUCCUGCCCUUCCAAAAUCUUCGGCUUGUUCAUGGUGCUGCUGCUGCUGUCCCAAGAAAAAGGUUGAAAAAACUGAGAAAGAAAUGCACAGAGAUUCCCGUCGAGAAGACCUUGAGUCUGCCAUUUUCAAUCUACGGGAAAUAGAUAGUAAGUGCACGAACCAUGGGGGACAAAAUUUUCUAAAUCUUAUGAAUUUCGUAUUUGUAAUAUUGGCUACUUUUGCAGACUAUGAUGAGUAUGAGCGGUCCAUGCUGAUCUCUCAGAUGAGCUUCGAGAAGUCGUUUGGGCAGUCUUCAGUAUUCAUCGAAUCAACUCUUAUGGAGAAUGGGGGUCUUCCUGAGUCUGCAGACCCAUCUACACUGAUCAAAGAAGCCAUUCAUGUCAUUAGUUGUGGAUAUGAAGAGAAAACUGAAUGGGGAAAAGAGCUUGGUUGGAUCUAUGGGUCAGUUACAGAGGAUAUUCUGACUGGGUUUAAGAUGCACUGCCGUGGGUGGCGAUCGAUCUACUGCAUGCCACUAAGACCUGCAUUCAAGGGGUCAGCCCCAAUCAACCUUUCUGAUCGUCUGCACCAGGUUCUUCGAUGGGCUCUUGGUUCUGUCGAGAUCUUCUUCAGCCGGCACUGCCCGCUUUGGUAUGGCUAUGGCGGUGGCCGUCUGAAAUGGCUCCAGAGGCUGUCCUACAUAAACACCAUCGUCUACCCCUUCACCUCUGUUCCACUCGUUGCAUACUGCUGCCUGCCUGCCAUUUGCUUGCUCACUGGCAAAUUCAUCAUUCCGAUUCUCUCCAAUGCUGCGACAAUAUGGUUUCUUGGCCUCUUCACCUCCAUCAUCCUGACAAGUGUCCUCGAGCUGCGGUGGAGUGGCAUUGGCAUUGAGGACUGGUGGCGCAACGAGCAGUUCUGGGUCAUUGGUGGCGUUUCUGCUCACCUCUUUGCGGUGUUCCAGGGUAUCCUCAAGAUGGUUAUCGGGCUGGACACCAACUUCACUGUCACAAGCAAGGCCGCGGAGGAUGGCGAUUUCGGUGAGCUGUAUGUGUUCAAGUGGACAACAGUGCUGAUCCCGCCUACGACCAUCCUGGUGCUGAACCUCCUCGGGGUGGUGGCUGGGUUCUCGGACGCACUCAACAGCGGUUACGAGUCAUGGGGGCCGCUCUUUGGCAAGGUGUUCUUCGCCAUGUGGGUGAUUAUGCACUUGUACCCGUUCCUCAAGGGUCUCAUGGGCCGCCAGAACCGGACUCCCACCGUCGUCAUACUCUGGUCUGUCCUGCUGGCCUCGGUCUUCUCCCUCCUCUGGGUCAAGAUCGACCCCUUCACCACCAGCGCCGAGACCGUCAACACCGGGGCCUGCAGCAGCAUUGACUGCUGAGCAACUGCCAUUGUUUAGAGGUGCAGUCGUGCCGGAUGUGUGUAUUUGAUCAACGUGAAGACAAUUGGUUUACUCUCAGGCCUGACCACCAUCUGAGGUGAUAUGGGCUAUUUUGAGUGAUAUUUUUGUUGUUGUAGUCUCUGUUAUGGCAAGUUUUGAUGUUAAAAUUGCUGGAAGUGUGACCGGCAAAGUUGUGUAAAGCAUACCUGUAGAAAGGAGCAAAGAAUAUUUUAUAUGAACAAUGAUAACAAGAAAGAUAACAUGUCAUUUCAACCAA